AGGCAGUCUAGGUCAAGUGUAGGAGAGAGACUGCUGGCCUGAGCAAGCCAGUGGGAUUGCUCCUUCAGCUUAAUGCUUCAUGGGGUAUGGAAGUGGAUUCUGACCUUUGCUACAUCUUCUUGGGUACCAUAGAGUGAGCUUCAGAACAGGAAGCUGAGGAUGAAGCAGAGAGGAUACUGCAGAGGUCUCUGUUUUUUCCCAAUGAGAAUGCAGCAAUUCUAAAUACUUGUUAAUUUUUUGGAACUGGAAAUAUGAACAACUUCAUUAGAGAGCAUUUCAUCAACAUCAUUUCUGGAUGCUUUUCUUUCUUGUAAUAGAUUGGAAAUUCUUGUUUUAUCAGCACAAGAAAUUUGCCAGGUGGACAUCAAGCUCUUUCAGCAUCUUUUCUAAAAUGGAUUUCUUCUCUGCUACUUGUCGGAGCACUUUCUUAUGCAAGAGAAUAAAUGGUAAUUAAAAUGAGCAGGAUGAAAAGAUGGAGCAGUCAGUGCUUGUACCACCAGGACCUGACAGCUUCCACUACUUCACUAGAGAGUCUCUUGCAGCUAUUGAACAACGCAUUGCUGCAGAAAAGGCUAAGUAUUCCAAACAAGACCGUAAAGAUAAUGAGGAAAAUGGCCCAAAACCAAAUGGUGACUUGGAGGCAGGAAAGUCACUUCCAUUUAUUUAUGGUGACAUACCUCCAGGAAUGGUGUCCGAGCCCUUGGAGGAUCUGGACCCAUAUUACAUCAAUAAAAAAACUUUUAUAGUAUUGAAUAGAGGGAAGGCAAUCUUCCGAUUCAGUGCCACCUCUGCCCUGUACAUUUUAACUCCUUUCAAUCCUCUUCGAAAAAUAGCUAUUAAAAUUUUGGUACAUUCAUUGUUCAGCAUGCUUAUUAUGUGCACUAUUUUGACCAACUGUGUGUUUAUGACCAUGAGUAACCCUCCGGAAUGGACAAAGAAUGUAGAGUAUACCUUCACUGGAAUAUAUACAUUUGAAUCACUUAUAAAAAUUAUUGCAAGGGGCUUCUGUUUAGAAGAUUUUUCUUUCCUUCGAGACCCAUGGAACUGGCUUGAUUUCACUGUCAUUACAUUUGCGUAUAUAACAGAAUUUGUAAACCUAGGCAAUGUUUCAGCUCUUCGAACUUUCAGAGUAUUGAGAGCUUUGAAAACUAUUUCUGUAAUCCCAGGCUUGAAGACUAUUGUGGGAGCCCUAAUUCAGUCUGUGAAGAAGCUCUCAGAUGUCAUGAUUCUGACUGUGUUUUGCCUGAGUGUAUUUGCACUAAUAGGGCUGCAGCUGUUCAUGGGCAACUUGAGGCAUAAAUGCUUGCAGUGGCCUCCAGACAAUUUUACUCUGGAAACAAAUAUUACUUCAUACUUUAACAGCACAAUAGGUGAAAAUGGUACAUUUGUUAAUGUAACAGUGACUCCGUUUGACUGGAAAGACUACAUUGAUGAUGAACGUCAUUUUUACGUUCUGGAAGGGCAAAAUGAUGCUCUGCUUUGUGGAAAUGGCUCAGAUGCAGGUCAAUGUCCAGAAGGAUAUAUAUGUGUGAAAGCUGGUAGAAAUCCCAACUACGGCUACACAAGUUUUGACACAUUCAGCUGGGCAUUCUUGUCACUGUUUCGACUGAUGACUCAGGACUACUGGGAAAACCUUUAUCAACUGACACUACGAGCUGCUGGCAAAACAUACAUGAUAUUUUUCGUUCUGGUGAUUUUCCUGGGCUCUUUCUAUCUGAUUAACUUGAUCCUGGCUGUUGUUGCCAUGGCCUAUGAAGAGCAGAAUCAAGCAAACAUGGAAGAAGCAGAGCAGAAGGAGGCAGAAUUUCAGCAAAUGCUAGAACAGCUGAGAAAGCAACAAGAAGCAGCUCAGGCAGUAGCAACAGCCUCUGCUGGGUCAAGAGAUCCCAGUGCAGAAGGCGGAAUAGGGGGACUCUCAGAAAGUUCUUCUGACGCGUCAAAGUUGAGUUCAAAGAGUGCUAAAGAGAGGAGGAACAGAAGGAAGAAGAGAAAGCAGAAAGAACAAUAUGGAGGAGAGGAGAAGGAUGAAGAUGAAUUUCAAAAAUCUGAAUCGGAAGGCAGCAUCAGAAAGAAAACUUUCCGAUUUUCCAUUGAAGGGAACAGAUUGACAUAUGAAAAAAAGUAUUCGUCCCCCCACCAGUCUUUGCUGAGCAUUCGUGGCUCCUUGUUUUCCCCAAGGCGCAACAGCAAAACGAGUCUUUUCAGCUUCAGAGGUCGAGCAAGGGAUAUAGGAUCAGAAAAUGACUUUGCUGAUGAUGAACACAGCACUUUUGAAGAUAAUGAUAGCAGAAGAGAUUCUCUUUUUGUGCCACGCAGACAUGGUGAACGGCGCAACAGUAACAUUAGUCAGGCCAGUAGGUCAUCCAGGGUGCUGGCGGUGUUUCCAGCGAAUGGGAAGAUGCAUAGCACUGUAGAUUGCAAUGGAGUAGUUUCCCUGGUUGGUGGACCAUCUGUUCCUACGUCGCCUGUUGGACAACUUCUGCCAGAGGUGAUAAUAGAUAAACCAGCUACUGAUGACAAUGGCAUGACUACUGAAACAGAAACAAGAAAGAGAAGAUCCAGUUCCUUUCAUGUUUCUAUGGAUUUUCUGGAAGACCCUGCUCAAAGAGACAGAGCAAUGAGUAUAGCUAGCAUACUCACAAAUACUAUGGAAGAACUUGAAGAAUCAAGACAGAAAUGCCCACCAUGCUGGUACAAAUUUGCAAACAUUUUCUUGAUCUGGGACUGCAGUCCACGUUGGUUAAAAGUAAAACAUAUUGUCAAUUUAGUUGUGAUGGACCCAUUUGUUGAUCUCGCUAUUACUAUUUGCAUUGUUUUAAAUACACUAUUUAUGGCCAUGGAACAUUAUCCAAUGACUGAAGAAUUCAAUAAUGUACUUUCUGUUGGAAACCUGGUCUUCACUGGGAUCUUCACAGCAGAAAUGUUUCUGAAGAUAAUUGCCAAGGAUCCUUAUUAUUAUUUCCAAGAAGGCUGGAAUAUUUUUGAUAGUUUUAUUGUAACACUUAGUUUGAUUGAACUUGGUCUUGCAGAUGUGGAAGGACUAUCAGUUCUCCGAUCAUUCAGAUUGUUACGAGUUUUCAAAUUGGCAAAAUCUUGGCCAACACUGAAUAUGCUGAUAAAGAUUAUUGGUAACUCAGUGGGGGCUUUGGGAAAUUUGACGUUGGUGCUGGCCAUCAUUGUCUUCAUUUUUGCUGUGGUUGGUAUGCAGUUGUUUGGUAAAAGCUACAAGGAAUGUGUCUGCAAGAUCUCCAAUGACUGUAUACUUCCACGCUGGCACAUGCAAGACUUCUUCCACUCUUUCUUGAUAGUAUUCCGAGUGUUAUGUGGAGAAUGGAUAGAGACUAUGUGGGACUGUAUGGAGGUUGCAGGCCAAGCUAUGUGCCUUACUGUCUUCAUGAUGGUCAUGGUGAUUGGAAAUCUAGUGGUUCUGAACCUAUUUUUGGCCUUGCUACUGAGCUCAUUUAGUGCAGACAACCUUGCUGCCACCGAUGAUGAUAAUGAAAUGAAUAAUCUCCAGAUUGCUGUAGCAAGAAUUGAGAAGGGAAUAGAUUAUGUGAAAAGAAAAGUACGUGAAUUCGUCCAAAAAUCCUUCGUUAAAAAACAAAAAGCUUUAAAUGAGAUCAAGCCACUUGAAGAACUAAACAAAAAAGACAGCUGCAUUUCAAAUCAUCUUACAGUGGAAAUAAACAAAGACCUUGAUUAUCUUAAAGAUGGCAAUGGAACUAGUGGCAUAGGCACAGGCAGCAGCGUGGAAAAAUAUAUCAUUGAUGAAAGUGAUUACAUGUCGUUCAUAAACAACCCAAGCCUCACUGUAACAGUACCGAUUGCUGUUGGAGAAUCAGAUUUUGAAAAUUUAAAUACAGAAGAGUUUAGCAGUGAGUCGGAUCUGGAAGAAAGCAAAGAGAAGCUAAAUUUGUCCAGCUCAUCUGAAGGUAGCACGGUUGAUAUUGGACAUCCUGAAGAAGAGCAACAUGAAGCUGAACCCGAAGAAGCUACUGAGCCAGAGGCCUGUUUUACAGAAGGCUGUGUACGAAGGUUCAAGUGCUGUCAAGUCAGCCUAGAAGAGGGGAGAGGAAAACAAUGGUGGAAUCUUAGGAAAACCUGCUUCAAGAUAGUUGAACACAACUGGUUUGAGACUUUCAUUGUCUUUAUGAUUCUCCUUAGUAGUGGUGCUCUGGCUUUUGAAGACAUAUAUAUAGAGCAGCGCAAGACUAUCAAGACCAUGCUGGAAUAUGCUGACAAGGUUUUCACUUACAUCUUCAUUCUGGAAAUGCUGCUCAAGUGGGUGGCAUAUGGCUAUCAAACAUACUUCACUAAUGCUUGGUGCUGGCUGGACUUCCUAAUUGUUGAUGUCUCCUUGGUUAGCUUAACAGCGAAUGCAUUAGGUUACUCGGAACUUGGUGCCAUUAAGUCCCUUAGGACACUAAGAGCUUUGAGACCUCUGAGAGCCUUGUCACGAUUUGAAGGGAUGCGGGGGGCCUGGAUAGCUCAAGGGGUUGGUAAUAGGAUACAGAGCCUUUCAUCUCUAGGUCACCAGUUCGCAUCCAGAGCACAUCAAUGUAAGACUUCAUCUUACUACCACCAGGUGGUUGUGAAUGCCCUUUUAGGAGCAAUUCCAUCCAUCAUGAACGUGCUUCUCGUUUGUCUCAUAUUCUGGCUAAUUUUCAGCAUCAUGGGAGUAAAUCUGUUUGCUGGGAAGUUCUACUACUGUGUUAACACCACAACUGAUGAAAGGUUUGAAGUCGACAGAAUCAACAAUUUUAGUCAGUGCGAGGAACUCAUAAAAAACAAUGAAACUGCCCGAUGGAAAAACGUGAAAGUAAACUUUGAUAAUGUAGGAUUUGGGUAUCUUUCUUUACUUCAAGUAGCUACAUUUAAAGGAUGGAUGGAUAUUAUGUAUGCAGCUGUUGAUUCAAGAGCUGUACUGGAUCAACCCGACUAUGAAGGCAACCUAUACAUGUAUCUCUAUUUUGUCAUCUUUAUCAUUUUUGGAUCGUUUUUCACCCUGAAUUUGUUUAUUGGUGUUAUCAUUGAUAACUUCAACCAGCAAAAAAAGAAGUUUGGAGGUCAAGACAUCUUUAUGACAGAAGAACAGAAGAAAUACUACAAUGCAAUGAAAAAGCUGGGAUCCAAGAAACCACAAAAACCUAUACCUAGGCCAGGGAACAAAUUCCAAGGCAUGGUAUUUGAUUUUGUGACAAAACAAGUAUUUGAUAUUGGCAUCAUGAUUCUUAUCUGCCUUAACAUGGUCACCAUGAUGGUAGAAACAGAUGAUCAGAGUGAUGAGAUGCAAACUAUUUUACAGCGGAUUAACCUGGUGUUUAUUGUCCUUUUCACUGGAGAAUGUGUUCUGAAACUGAUUUCACUCCGUUAUUACUACUUCACCAUAGGGUGGAACAUUUUUGAUUUUGUGGUUGUCAUUCUCUCCAUAGUAGGUAUGUUUCUAGCAAAGGUGAUCGAAAAAUAUUUUGUGUCCCCCACCUUGUUCAGAGUUAUCCGACUCGCCAGAAUAGGUCGAAUCCUGCGUCUCAUUAAGGGAGCUAAAGGGAUCCGCACUCUGCUUUUUGCUUUGAUGAUGUCUCUUCCUGCUUUGUUUAACAUUGGUCUCCUGCUUUUCCUGGUCAUGUUUAUCUAUGCUAUAUUUGGAAUGUCCAACUUUGCCUACGUUAAGAGGGAAGCAGGGAUUGAUGACAUGUUCAACUUUGAAACUUUUGGCAACAGCAUGAUCUGCCUAUUUCAGAUUACCACGUCAGCUGGUUGGGAUGGCUUGUUAGCACCAAUUCUUAACAGUGGAGAACCAGACUGUGAUCCUAAUAAACCUCACCCAGGAAGCUCUGUUAAAGGAGACUGUGGUAACCCUUCAGUUGGGAUUUUCUUUUUUGUCAGUUAUAUUAUCAUCUCAUUUCUAGUUGUAGUAAACAUGUAUAUUGCUGUUAUUUUGGAGAACUUCAGUGUUGCUACAGAAGAAAGUGCCGAGCCCUUGAGCGAGGACGACUUUGAGAUGUUCUAUGAGGUUUGGGAAAAAUAUGAUCCAGAUGCAACCCAGUUCAUGGAAUUUGCAAAACUGUCUGAUUUUGCAGCUGCACUCGAUCCUCCUCUUCAUUUACCAAAACCAAACAAAGUUCAGCUUAUUGCAAUGGAUCUGCCCAUGGUGAGUGGUGACAGAAUUCACUGCCUUGACAUCUUGUUUGCUUUUACAAAGCGUGUUUUGGGGGAAAGUGGAGAGAUGGAUGCACUUCGAAUACAAAUGGAAGACCGGUUUAUGGCAUCCAAUCCUUCAAAAUCCUCCUAUGAACCAAUUACAACCACAUUAAAACGAAAACAAGAGGAGGCAUCUGCUGUCAUUAUUCAGCAUGCUUUCAGACGUUACCUUUUAAAACGAACAGUAAAACAGGCUUCAUUUGCAUACAACAAAAAUAAAAUCCAAGGAGGGAUUGGUCAAUGUAUCAAAGAUGAAAUUCUUAUUGACAAGUUAAAUGAAAAUUCAUUUACAGAGAAAACAGACAUGACCACCUCAACAGCAGUUUGUCCACCUUCCUAUGAUUGUGUAACAAAGCUAGUAAAAGAAAAACAUGAAAAGGAAGACAAAGAUGUCAGAAAGAAGGAAAAAUAAAAUGCAAGGAAACAAUUCUGUUUGUCUGAAAAGUUGUUUACAGCCUGUGAAGGUGAUGUGUUUGUGUCCACAGGACUCCUGUAGGAGGUCUAUGCCAAACAGACAGUUUUUAAAAAUAUACUGUAUACAUAAGGUCAGUGCCUAUAACAAGACAGUGACCCCUUGUCAGUAAAUUGUGACUAUAAUAUGGGGAAACAACCUUGACUGGAGGUUACCAUUUUCACUACCAGCUGACACUGCUGAAGAGGAGAGAAAAAAUGGCUACUCAGACUGUAGGGACCAGUUAAAGGGGUGAAAACCAAUAAAUUUUUGUGUGUUUAGCAUAAAACAAUACAGUAACUGUAUCCACUGUUUGCAUUUCAACUGCCACGUUUGUCAUAUUUUUACAAAAUCUGUGUUGGUGGAGUCAUCUUUUUUUUUAAUCAUAUGUUGAUUAUAUGUAACUAUUUUUGUAAAUGGGGUUUAUGUUGGGGAAGGGUUAAGUAUUACUUUACAGGUAUGAGGACCAGGUGUUCUAUAAUAUGACUCUCUAAUAUACACACAGAAAUUAUUUGCAUGAAGGCAUGCUGCACUUAUAGAUCAUGCAUGAAAAACAUUGAGUCACAGAGAACAACAGAUUUUUAACUACUCUGUGUUUCUGGGAGGGAGUAAUAAAUUCUGAGGUGCUUAAUUAAUGUAUUCAUGUUGUGUCACAUCAGACGAGUCUUUAUAUGCCUGUAAAGUUCUCUAUAAUCCACAAGAACAGAACAGAUGGAUUAUUUUUACACAGACCAUUAAAUCUCAGCAAGUGCAAACUUCAUUGUAAGGUCUGGAGUCUAAGGUUUUAUGUCUUUGUCAAAUGGUUUUCUGUAUAAAAAUAUUAAAAGAAUCUGCCCUAUAAAACAGAAUUGACCAAAACGAACCCUUUAUAAAAUUGUUCUGCUUUAUCCUGCAGUAUUGUUUGGCCAUCUUCAGCUCUCAGUAAGGUUGACAUUGUAUAUGUUAAUGAAAAGCCCUCUGUUAUGUAAAUAGUAAUUUUACCCUGUGGUGCAUGUUUGAGCAACCAAAUAAUGACAUGAGCACAUUUAUUGCAUCAAAUAUGUACCACAAUAAGUGUAGUGUGCAAGCUUUCAACAGGUAAAAGUAUGUAUUCUCUACCAUUAUAGAUAGUUUGGAUGCUAUCAAUGCAUGUUUAUACUGCCUAUGCUGCUGUUCUUUCAACAGUCCAGAAUUCUUAAUUAUGGGAAACCAUACAUCAGAGGUAAAGAGAAACAAAUUGUUCAACAAGACCUCAUUUCUUCACAUCAUUAAGCAAUAGUUUGCACCUAAUUCAAGAGCUUUUUUGUUUUAAAUUUUUAAAUCUUAAGUGAAAACAUAUGGUGUAUAGCAAAACUGUACAGAUGUGUUGCAAACUGCUAAACCUGUUGAAAAUAAUGUGGUUAGAAUUUUAUAAGCAAAUAUAAAUAUUGUAAAAAAACCAUUUUAUUUUAUUUUUCAGCAUUAUGUACAUAAUAUAAGAAAUGAAUUUUAUCUUCAGGUUGAUGUCACAGCCAUUUUUAUUACUUUCUGACCACAGCACUUUUUCAUGGAAGAACUUCAGAAAAUAAGAAAUGAAGACAAGAAUGGGUAGUUGUAGGUUUCUGCUUUUUUACUAUAUUUGAAAACAUUUCCAUUUGAAAUAAUUUGAUAAUUUCUGCAAAAGAAGUGCACAAUUUGCUUGAUAACAAAAGGCUAUAUUUUUUGCUUUGGAAAAGGAUGCAAAGUUUUGUUUGAAUUUCUAGCAGUGCCUGCAUCAGAAUUUUAAAAUAUCCUUUUUCCUUCACAGAAUCCUUUAUCUUUUCCAGGGUUUAUUUACAUAUAUUCUUUUUGAUUCAUGCUGCAUUAGAACUACUAUUAAUAUAAUCUGGGUCCACAAUAUUUUUUCACAAAAACGAAGUAGCAAAAUUGUAUAAUCAAACACAUCAGGACAUUUUAUGUUUCUUACACAGGAAAAUUACAUAUAGACUUCUUUUAUUAAAACUAUUGACUUAUACUGUAUUAGUGAACUGCAUGCAGGAAGAUGCUAUUACCCUAACUGAUGCUAAACAACAUUAUUAAUGCGCCAAAAUAAUAAAGAUUACAUUUUUUAUUGUA